AUGAAAACAAAUCUAUCUUGCAUGACGCUGCUUGCCAAUAUCCCAAUCCGAAAAGAUGAAAUCUUCCGGCCUCGUACGUCUGACCUGGCCAUUUCCAAAGGCAAUCCCAGGACAACUCCAAACGACCACAUGCCUGCAGCUGCCAAAUAUGUCGAAAGGGAAAAAUUUACGUCGAGCCCAACUUGCAGAGCUUUCGUCUCCUGCAAGAUCGCGGACCUGUCGAGAAUUCUGCAACCACCACGACAUGGAAUUUCUGGGACACAUUCUUCUCCGACGAGCAAUCCACAACCAAUGGAACCUCCUUCAAUCGCCACCGCCCUCAAACAAUUCCAUCCCCUCCGAAGCCAGCGCAGCACAAUCCAAUACACUCCGAACUUUUGUUCCCCCAUCAUCCAAGCAUUCAACACCACCUUCCCCUAUUCUACCUUAAUCCGAAACCCGCCCCCAAUCCAACAUCUCGCCUCCCUCCGCUCCAUCUCAAAUUUUUUUUUCAUUCAUCCCCAACCCAACCCAAUCCACCUCCACCUCGACCUCGACCUCGGCCUCAUAUUCCCACAUCACAUGGACAGACUCCAGCAUAAUUCCCAGUCUUUUGAUUUUUUCUGCCGGGGGGCCAAAUUAAAAGAUAAAAAAAAAAUCGUGUUGGUGUGA